AUGCGCCUCAUCUACACUUCACGCCUCAUUACCGACACAGUUCUGGUUGACGACUCUGGUCAUCGUCUGUACGCAACGUCAACAAGUACCUUCGGGCGCCAGACCGAGGUUAUGAAGUCCGGCCAUAUGUGGAAUUCGAACCUCGCCACCUUGCGCUUCCAUCGUUGGCGGUCGGACACUAUCACGAUUAACGGGCAGAAGCGAACGGCAAAGUCGUAUAUCACCAAACCCUCUUGGUGGUCACGACGCAGGGUGUUCACAUCUGCUAGUGGAUAUACGUAUGAAUGGGUGCCGAAGGGAAACAAAUGGAGGCUGCGUCUGCCAGACGGUAGAGAAGCUGGGCGCUCUCACUCACGCUCGCGGGGAUUACUGGGCAAGAAGCAUAAACCCUAUCCAGAGCUCAUCAAUGAUCCCAACAUCUUGAACGAUCUCGAUGAGUUGGUCGCGACCUUUCUAGCUUCGGCGGUGUUGGGGGUGGCGGGGGAGGAGGAGGAGGAGGUGGUGGUGGUGGAUGUUGUUAGAUGCAAUGACAGUUUCACGACUAUCUCGGCCCUUGACUCUCGGUCUGCACUAUACCCUUCACCAUCCGACUCAGUUGUACUUCCAGUAUUGAAUGACUUCACAAGCCCAUGUUUCACUUCAUUCAAUCUUGCCCUCACGGAUAGCCCACAUGACGAGGAGAUCGGGAUGUACUCGGGUAUUCGUGAGAACGGCAAGCCCUUCCGUAGACGUCAUAUAGGGUAG